ACAAAACGCAUUCGUACAAACGCAUAAACAUAUGUAGGUACACACUAUCUCACGAAACUCAUACAGUACGAAUGAAAAAUGAAGCUAACCGAGUUGCUGUCCUAUUUUUGCCUGUUACUGUUCACAAGGACACAAGUGUUGCUGGCAGUUAGUUGGGAAGAGUGGUGGACGUAUGAUGGUAUAUCAGGUCCCGCCUUUUGGGGUCUCAUCAACCCGGAGUGGUCACUUUGUAAUAAGGGACGUCGACAAUCACCAGUGAACUUAGAGCCACAACGAUUGUUGUUCGAUCCCAAUCUGAGACCGCUGCAUAUUGACAAACAUAGAAUAAGCGGUCUAAUUAGCAAUACAGGGCACAGCGUUAUCUUCACCGCUGGCAAUGAGACUGUAGCGAAUUAUGAUGGCAUGCAAACGCCAGUUAAUAUAUCUGGCGGACCACUCUCAUACAGAUAUCGAUUUCAUGAAAUUCAUAUACACUAUGGACUUCACGAUCAAUUUGGUUCGGAGCAUAGUGUGGAGGGAUAUACAUUUCCAGCCGAGGUGAGUAAAAAGCAAGCGCGCAAUUUUUUAUUUUCAACAGAGAUUUUCAGCACGUGA